UCUCUGCAUCACAACCACACUCGCUGGGUCUUCCUGAAGAACGGAGGGAAACAUAUGCAAGCACCGGUAAAAGGGGGAAAGGGAAAAGAGAGAGGAGGAAAAAGAGGGAAAGUUGAAUCCAGCAGAUGAGCACAGGUGCAUGAUGGCAAGCUCCAGACAGAGAUGUUGGAGGUCCUACCUGUAAGCCGUAGCAUCCACUGAGGCAAGAUGGAAUGACUUGGGUGAACAGAAGCGCACUGGAAACCCACGGUGGACUGCUCACUAGGAGCUGUCUGUGAUCCCCCACACGUAUACAGACAGACGCACACACGCACACACACCUGUCUUGCUGCUAAACCGCUAACUGGCUUCCCAAAGAGCAUAAUUGCCUUGGCUCUCACUGACUGAUGGAUACAGGAACACAGAAAAAGUGUCCUGGUGUUGGAAACUAGACCAGAGAAGAUAUAUAAUCUGAUACACAAAUUCCAGGGAAACUGUGAAUGAGUGCGAAACAGAGAGAUCCCGUGGCAAAGAAUCACUGCUCCAUCCUGUCCUCUCCUUUCAGGGCAUGGCCCAGGUCCAAGAUGGACACACAAAAGAAUGUGACAGGUGAGCUGCUUAGUUAACAUGAAAAGCAAAGUGAGUUAGAACAGGCUAAUUUUAUGAGUCUUACAUUCUCACACUGUGCCGAAUAUAAGCUUUGUAAAAAACUUUCGCAACAUAACUAAUAAAGCAGAAGAUGGCAAAAGAAAUUUCUCUAUUUCUCACUAUUCAAACACUAUGCCUUUCUACCAUGGAAAGGUAAUCAUAUUUAGGAUUAAAAUCUAGCUUUACAUUCUUCACCAUUUUAUUAAAAAUGCUUAGAGGUUUUAUGAAAAUUAAGAAUUGACAAUGCUAUCAUGUAAUAUUGCCACUGCUACUAAUAGCUUUCAUUCACAUUGAAGACACAUUAACAUUUUAUGAAGCCAUCUAUGCUGUGAGCUUAACAAAACACUAGCAGGCUUUUCACUGUAGGCUAGUACUGCUAGCUAGAAUACUGCCAACUAUGCAACUAACCUUCAUUUCAUGGAAGCCACAUUAGCACUACCUGGUAGGCUAAGUCACUGGCACAAUAUGAAAAGAUUCAAAUACAGUAUGCUGCACUAAGAAUUAAUAUAGUAAUGAAUAAUUUUAACAAAAAAUAUAUGUAUUCAUUAUAAACAACAUAGCUAUAAAUUAUGCUGGGGACAUGACUGUACCAUUAAAGAGUAUUCCAUUAAAAAAUAUAUUUUAUAUGAUAGCUUACACAGAAAACAAACCCAAAUUCUUUCUUAAAAUUAAUUAGUUAGACUAUAUCUUUGAUAUUUAUCUCAGGGUGGUAUCUGUAACUAUUGCAUCUGGAUGGCUUUAACUUGGCACAGUAGAGUCAGGACUCCUUUCCUGCAAGCCUGCAUGUCUGAUUGUUGUAGAAUAAUAUUAUUUAAAGAAAACUCUAAUCAGUUGUGGCAUGUUAGAACAUUUGAUGAAUGUUGCUGUCCUUACCAACCCUAAUGCUAAUACUAGCCCAAAAUGUAAAGACAUCUUGUAAGUAGUAUAAAUCAUAUCAACAAAUUUGAAAAGGCUGAAGUGGACAUAAAACUGAACUGUAUCUUUUCAUGGCAUUCCUGUCCCCAGCAUUCCCAUUUAAACUUACUAUUCAGAUCAAAAUUCCUUUAUUAAUAAUUAUAAUUGCUGAGAAUUUAGGCAUUUUCUUUGUUCGUUACUACUUUACAUUAUGAUACUUACUUUUUAUAUUUUAAGAUUUUGUUCAUUGAAAUUUGACACAGUCACACAAACACACACAUGCUGUCAGGUGGAUCCUUGGGUUUGGAUUUAACCAUUACACCAAGGUUAACAUCAGGGUAGUAUACAUCGCUAAUAAUUUUUCUGUUUGAUAUUUUCAAACAGAGUUUAUAACUAUUUUGCUGAAGAAUCAAAUUCCUGGGUCAACGGGACAUUGUUAAGUAAGGGUUAACUCUUAUGCUGUUUUGUCCCAGUCCUGCAAUGUUAGAGGAGAGUCAGGAUGGCAUGGACAGUGGUAGCCUGACGUCUGGCAUAGCUCGAAAGGUCUGCAUCCAGCGCCACCCGAUCCACGGCUUUGGCUUCAUUGCCGGCAGCGAACGGCCUGUCAUUGUACGCUCUGUCUCUGCGGGUAGGACACGUGUCUCUAGCAGGACCUGGGGACCAGACGUCUGCAGCCCACUGGGACACAGCAGCCGUCUGCUCCACCAGGCCACCCAAUCUCAUCUACGCUAAAAGUGACUGCUUGUUUUAUUUAUACUCGUAUUUGAAUGUCUCAGGUGCACUGUGCAAUGCACUUACACUCAAUAAACCAAAGCUUAUCAUUACAAUUCUAAUUGAGUUGCUAUAUCAUUAAGGUAGAGACGAUCCAAUUGGUGGCUUCAUGAGCAGGUAUUAAGAAAAAAUGAUCUCCCACAGUCAAUCUGCAUAAAAUACACACCCUUUGUUCAUUGGCUUUGCAGACGGUCCAUCUGACAGCAAGCUCUUUGCUGGUGAUCAGAUCCUAGUCAUCAACGAGGAAAACGUCAGUGACGCGCCCAGGGAGAGAGUCAUAGACCUUGAAUUGCAACGAUUCAAUUGUUCUCACUGUGCUGCAGCCCCUACAGUCACCUAAAUCUGCCUUCAUAAGUGCAGCCAAGAAAGCUCGCCUGCGAACCAAUCCCCCCAAAGUGCGCUUUUCUGAGCAAGUGUCCAUCAGUGACCCAGACUCAACCAUGCUUAAGGACGACUCAUUGCUACUCAUACCCAACGUGCUGAAGGUGUUCCUGGAGAAUGGGCAAAUCAAGUCCUUCACUUUUGACAGUCGCACCACGGUCAGGGAUGUCAUAUCCUCACUACAAGACCGCCUUUCUCUACGCUAUAUCGAGCACUUUGCUCUGGUUCUGGAGUCUGGAGGACUAGAUCAUAAACAGAGACUGCACUUUCUGCAGGACAGCCAACCUCUCUCUCAUGUGGUACAUAGAACCUAUUUCCAGGGGAUGCGUUGUCUAUUCCGGAUCUGCUUCUUCCCCAAAGACCCUGCUGACUUAUUAAGGAGGGAUCCUGCUGCAUUUGAGUACCUGUACAUACAGAGUCGCAAUGAUGUCAUCAAGGAACGGUUUGGAAUGGACUGGAAGUCUGAUGUGACGCUUAAGCUGGCAGCCCUACACAUUUACAUCACAGUCUCAGUAGCGAGACCCAAUCAGAAGAUCUCUCUCAAGCAUGUGGAAAAAGAAUGGGGUCUGGAACCUUUCCUUCCUCUUACCUUGUUGCCAACUGUCAAGGAGAAGAAUGUUUGCAAGAGCCUUUCUCAACUCCUCAAGACUUAUCAGCACCCUCCACCUGCUGGCAAUAAGGUGCCCCCUCUUCAAGGAAAGUUACAGUACAUACGUGUGCUAAAUGACCUUCCACCAUUUGGAGGCUUGUUAUUUCAUACAGUUGGACUGGAUGAAAAACAUACUGCCACUACACUGUUGGUAGGGCCAAGACAUGGCAUCAGUCACGUCAUUGAUCUGAAAAAUAACCUCACAACAGUCUUGGCUGAAUUCAGCCGUGUAGCAAAGGUGCAGCUGUUCCGGGAACACCAAGGAGUAGCCCGUGUAGAAGUGGCUAUGCUUGAAGCUAAGCCCCUGGUCUUACUGAUGGAAUGGCCAGAUGCAUCAAACUUUGCCUGUCUGAUUUCUGGGUAUUACAAGCUUUUUGUGGAUCCCAAAAGGACCAUCUACUACAAGACACCUGGUCAAUCUCACAUGAUCAAGGCAGAUUUCAGAAGCCCCCAUCCUCAUUCCCGCUCUGUGUCAAGUAGCAGUCGACGUGAAGAGAGGGAUGGUUUGUCCAGAGAGACGUCACAGAAAAUAUCAGCACCACCACCAUCACAACAUCUUGGCCUCUGUCACAUACAUUUGAAAGAGCAGCAGCAGUUACAGGAGCUCCAAAUGCAAGCAGAGGAGCAGCUGGAUAUUAAUGAGAAUUUCAUAUCCAAGUCACAGAACCGCUCACGUGCCAAGUCCGAUCCUACCCUCAAAAGUACUGAAUCAGUGGCUGAUCCACCAAGCCCAACUCAGGACAGCUCAGGCUUCAGAGGCAGGGCUAAAACAAUGGAAAACUCAAAGCGUACAGGGAAAUUCUUCUGUGAUUCUUGCAAGGCAAAGCUUAAGGCAGGGGGCAUUAUGACAGAAAAAGGCACAUCUGGUAAACAAGCCUUGCAAUGUGCCUCAUGUGAAGGUGGAGCUGUUGAUCUCACAGCUCUUCCUCCUCCUGGAAGUGAAGAGGAUGAAGAGAUUGAGGAUAGAGGAGAGAAGUUGCAACCUCCUCCUCCUGCAAUAGCAGCACCACCUCCAGGGUUUCGAGAUAAUAGCUCUGAUGAAGAUGAUGCUAAAAAGAAUCGUAAGGCUGCUCCCACCACUGGUGCUACCGCAGCAUUAGCACCUCUGGCAGAUACCCAAGAGAAAGUACCUGUCACAUUAAUUGAUAAUGUUGCCCCAAGGACAGUGCGAGACCAUGCUCAGGAGCUAGAUGAUGCUUUAGUGUCCACUCUGCAGGCACUGGAAGCACUAGCUGCAUCAGAGGACUACCCUCAUCAGCAGCAGCAGACUCAACAGACAGCAGGGUUGAUUGUUCUGGCAGCCAUUACUCCAGAGUCUUCACUUGACUCUGGACAUGAGACCAACUCAUCAGAGCUAACUGAUGUGUCAGAAAUGGUUUCUGCCAUGAAGCACCAUCAAAAUCAGGCAUACCUUUUGGCUCAUCACAUUAACAAGGAGCGCAUAUUUAGUCGACGCGACUUCCCUUUGACAAUUCCAGGCUGCACAACACAAGCAAUUGGAGGAGGGGCUUUUUCUAUGAGUCAAAUUCGUGGUGGUUGUCCACCUAGGUCUGUGAUCCUCAGUAAAACUGUGCCCUUGAAGGUCAGUCCUAGUCAAGGGACUACACCCUCUAGAGCUCAUGUGGAGAAAGCUAAGACUGAAGAUUUGUUAAAGAAUAAACAAGAUUCAGAGAAAACUAAAGAGUGCUCUGUAGAACAUGUGCCUCUGGCAGGAGAGGACCUAAAGUCUCUUGAACAGGAGGACACUUCUGAUGUCAAGAAAGAAGAGAGAUUAACAUUUUCUAAAGAAGGUAAACUAAGCUCUAAUAUCUCUGAAAAUAUCCAGGAGAAAACUCCUAGCCACACAACCCCAGAAACUACCAAUAAAGCCUUACCUAUUGCUUUGCCUGUAGACAAAAAUACUUCUGCCAAGAUUUCCCAAACAAAGAUAUGCCAAGAUGCUGAGAUUGCCUCAAGUGAGACAGAUAAGCCUUCAAGUUCAAAGGGUCUACUGCCAGUUGAUGAUUUGUUCUGCACAUGUCCAGUCCGCUCAGAACCAGGGCAACAACUCCGACUGAAAGAUGCACCGGCCCAAAAGGUAGUGCUGCACUCAUCCUCUCCCACUGAUGAUGAGCGACUCUGUCCCAAAGGACCUCCAUUAUCUAGCAACAAAGACAGCACAGCUAGGACCACUGAAAUAAACUUAGCUAAGCCUAAAGCCCUGCCCCCAGUAAAGUACUCCCCAGUGGUGCCUGUGAAAAUGGAAGGGAAAGAUGUAUCUGAGGUCACUACAGACACCUCCAAAUGUACGGGCCUUGCUGAACCACAGAAAAACACUAAAGGUGUGCCAGUCUUAGUAAACACAACACAUGUUUUAAGCUGUGGAGAAAAAGGGGCAACUAUUCCAGGAGCAGAAUAUAAGAAGCAAGCAAACAGCAAAGGCAAGUCCCAACGUAGUGCUCCUUUUCUAAGUAUUAGAAAUCUAAUUUCAGCCACAUUUCCUGCCCGCCUGCGUCGGGAGACAGAUGAACGACGUGCCCAGCUCCAGAAAGUGAGGCAGUAUGAAUUAGAGUUCCUUGAGGAGCUUCUAAAGCCUAAGGCAUCACAGGGAGAAUUCUUGUCCCAAGGGUCAUCUCCCAUCCCAUCAGGUACUCCAUGUUCAUGCCAGCUGCGCACAAGCCCAGUGCAGAAAGUCCCUGGCAUCUCGCGAGAGCAGAGACGUAGCUGUGACUGCAAGAGGAUGUGUAGGGCAAUGCGCCUACCUGAUACUCCAGUAGGUUCUACAGUGGAGCACAGAGGCAGGGAGAGAGCCAUUUCCAAAACGCCCCCUGCAAAACCCAAAUCUCCACACAUUCAAGGGACUGCUACACAACCUCAAACUUUGGAAAUCAAAACCACUCGAAUCCGUUCUACAAGCCUGGAGUCAAGAGAACUCAGUGAUACACACACAUCCUGUUUACUCACAUGCACGUCCCAUUCAGAAUGCACUGGAGCUCCGCAGUACAAAAAACUACAAAGACGAUAUAGCAUAGGGGAAAUUGAAAAUGACAGCACACCCCUUUAUGCUGAGGUUAAAUCAACCAAAACAAAAAGCCUAGAGAAGGAAAUGGAAAGAGUUAGGGCUACAGGCCUACGACUACCUACUCCAGUAGAACCUAUUCAUACUCAAAGUGGGGAUUCUAAAAAGAAAGGAGUAUUCUUCAUCCAGGGUGAAGAACUUGUUCGCCAGGGUCGAGACGGAACUACUGAGGUUCUACUUGGUUUAAGUGAAGAGAAUGAGGACAGGGAAAAAUGUUGCUCCUUUUGUUUCUGUUAUCGCAAAUGUGAGGCUGCUGAUGAGAGCAGUGAAAAAGAUGAACUUUCAUAUUCCAUUCCCCUACAGGUCUUGCCUGGAAUGCAGCUAGAUUCAAGAGCUAUGCCAGUUGUCAGCAAGACUUUGCAAGUGCUUGAUGCUGAGGACUGCAGUGGAGAGGAAGAAGAAGAGGAGGAGGAACCACAAACGCAGGAGAUUGACUUAAGGGCCUGUGGCAAUUUGGAAACAAGCAUGGCACGAGUGCAGACACUGCAGGGAAAAACAUUCUGUUUACCUGAUGGUUUCCUAAAUGCACAACUUGAUGCUAAUGAAUUGCUUUCUAUUUUACGUCAAUGUGCCAACAGUGCCCAAAUUGAGGGUGAACCGCGAUUGCCACCAGCAAAGUUGGUAGAAUACAAGCAAGAACUUGCAGUCCGCUUCAAAGAGUUCAGGGCCUCAUGUAGAAGAGUGGCAAGUGUUGAGAAAAGUCCCUCACGAAUGUUAAGUGCCGUCACAGCCAGCUUUGAGGUGUUGUGCAGCCUAACUCAGACAUUCAUUCGGUUGGUACGAGGUGUUCGAUCGGAAGCCCAAAGGUUACAGCUCUUACGAAAGGUAGAAGAGGUUGCAGUGAACUACACUCUUCUACUCCGGGCUGCUGAGGAGGCAAUGGGACAUUCAUGCAGCUUACCAACAAAAAGUGCAAGUCUCCCCACCGCCACCAACAUGGGUUCUCUUACUCGUUCCAUUAAAACCUUGCCCAGCAAGUAACAUAGUUUUUGCACAAUAUAUCACUUAAAGUAACUGAACACUCUUGGAUGAGCUACUGUUUUUCCAUUUUUUUUUAAACAAUUCUUACAUCCAUGUCUACCAAAUUACAUAAAACUCCAUGACAUGUUUACAGAAUAGUGUCAGCACCAAGUUGCUUAACAGUAUCGAAAACAAAGGACCUCUGACUACCUUGCACUUUGUGCCAAGGACAAAGAAUUAUAGUACCAUCCUUUGCCCUCUGCUGUAUGGAUGAUCAACAGGGCUACAUACUAAAAACGUACAUAGCGAUUAUCAUUAUCAAAAGACUGAAGUUUUAUUUUUAUGUUUAAAUACAUUCAGUAUUACAUUAUCAUGUAAAAACUAACACAAAUAUUGCAGAGGAAUAAUAUAUAACAAAAUAUAUACCUGGGGCAAAAAUAUUGCAGAGAAAUGUUAAGUAGCAGAUUCUGUGAAUUAGAUAGUGAAAGCGAUGGUUAUUUGAUGUGCUUGUUUGUACAAUUUUGAAUGUUGUGAUACGAGAUUUAAGUAUUCCCUUGUUGCAAUAUCAUAUUUUGACCUAUUUGGAAAACUAAUGUAUACAUUUGAAACAAAUGUUCAUGAACACACAAUGCCCACUCCGAAGGUGGUGGAACAGAACACCUGCUCAGGGCAGAAAAUGUAGCAGAUAUCCAAAUUCGCUAUUAAAAAACAAAAUCCUUUCUGUUUUAAUCAUAAAUCACUGAGCUUUAACUCCCACCAAAAAUUAAUGAUGAAAAUAACUACUUACUUUGGCAUGCACAAAACACUGUACAUUCACGGUCACGUAAAAUAAACUUUUCACCACACCUAGUUUUAGAUAGAUCAAUGUGAUCAUGAAAAUCUGCGAUUCAACAGCAAUUUAUUUAUUAAAUCAGCUCUACGAUUCAUGCUUGUAUUGAAAACUUAUCUAUACAUGUAUAGGUGUUAUUAUUGCUAAAAGUUUCUAGUUUCUUGACGUUCAAUCCUCUACUCUACAUCAAACUUGAAAUCACUUUGAAUUUCCAUGUGGUUAUUGUGCACUUCAGAGUAUAUUAAAGAAGCCCAAAUAAGAGCGUUUAUAUAUUUUAAUAAAAUCAACAGCCUUUUUCUGUCUGAAAACUUCUGUCUCCUGCUCUUGCAAUUUAUAGUCUGAAUAAUAUAAAUCAUACCGCUCGUAUAUCACUGUUCUGGUGUCUUGCAUGUUAACACUUUAAAUCCUUUAGUGUGAAUUUACAUGAAAUGGACACUAUAAAGUCAACAAUUUGCUGGAAGACUGUUACUGAAGAAGACUGAGUAUACAAUAUAAUGUUAUUCAAUGGAAACCCAAAACCAAACAUUUGAAGAUUCUCAUAAAAGUGUUCCCUUAUUUAACCUGUAAACAUGUUGUAAAUGACAUGAGAUGCAGCUUAAAACCAUUUUGAAAAUAUUCUAACACUGCUACAGAUUUAUCAAAAUUCUUCAGUUUUUUAAAGCAAAAUAGUUUAUAAUUUAUAGCAGUAAUGUAUCAUAGUUACAUAGUACCUAUAUUUUAUCAAAUAUAUUCUAUCUAUAUAUAUGUAUAUAUACACACAGCAUGUGACAUGUUUAUUUUUAUAAAAACACAUUACAGUGAUAUUCACUUAUGGUUCAGAAAUAUUUUUGAAGUUAUGGCUUGGUUGCCUCAUCAAAUAUGGCUUGUCCACGUGUUCAUUUUUUCUUUAUGUAUAUGUAGCCAUCUUAAGUUCUUCUGGAUCUCUGUCAAUGCGUCUGCCCUCACUGUGUUCUGUCUAUGUGCAAGGUCAUGUUUAAAAGCAAUAAAGAAUAGUCAAAUUAAAUUCUUUCAUCUAACUUUUGCCAGCAGUAUUUGAAAUAUUAAUUUCUUCAUAGCUUUAAAUAUUAAACUUGUAAUAGAAGUCUCUUUUCAAAACUACAUAUAAAAGCGAUUUUUUUUUUAUGAGGAUAAAACAGGUAAGAGAGUCAAAGAGUAAUUGUCUUGUGCUCUCACUCUUGUUUAUAUCAUUUGGACAUGGAGAAGCAAGUACAUAAAAUAU